AUGGCCAGACAAGCCAUGGAAGUGCAAGAGGAAGUGGCUGAGAAGAAAAUGGUGAUAGAGAUUAAAAAGCUGGACUUGGCACCUGCCCACACUGCCAAAGAUACCAAAAUCUGGUUCAAUGAACAUGGUGGUGUUUCUGUCCUUGAUAGGCCAGGAAACCAGAGAAUCUAUGGGAGGAGUCCAGAGAGGAUAGAUCAGAACCGCAGAGCCAUGGAAGAUGAUGACACAUCCAGACCCCAUUCAACAUACUCCACAAACUCACACAGGACUGAAGAUGGAGCAUUCAUCCUGGGAAACCAUACUGACGAUCACCUUACAAUCAGUCAGACAGUCUUGGUGGUAGGUAAGUGUUCAGAAAGCCCCAACACUAGCUUGACCGAAGAGACGACGUAUGCCCCCCGACGAGUGUCUGCAGUAGAUGCAUGCACCAAUACAGACCCUCCAUAUAAAUGGUGCCCUUGGCUGCGCAGAUUAUGUCCCUGUCCACCCGGAGGCCCUGCCAGCAUAAUCACCAAAGUCAUCAUGGCUGCAGUACUCUUUGGGGUGGUGUGGUCCAUCACGGAGAAAGAAUGCCUCCCCGGAGGAAAUCUCUUCGGCAUCGUAACGUUGUUCAUCUGUUCAGUGGCCGGAGGAAAGCUUUUCGGACGCAUUAAUUUGCCAAAGCUUCCACCAUUACCUCCUCUGCUUGGCAUGCUGCUGGCUGGAUUUGUCCUCAGAAACAUCCCUGUGGUGACAGAUGCAGUUUACAUUGAUGUUAGAUGGUCGUCUUCUCUGAGGAACAUCGCUCUGGCUGUCAUUUUGGUCAAAGCUGGCCUGGAAUUAGAUGGCAAGGCCUUGAGGAAGCUAAAAGCAGUGUGCUUACGUCUGUCCAUCCUUCCUCUCACCUGCGAGGCUACCACUAUGGCCGUGGUCUCUCAUUUUUUAUUGGGUCUGCCAUGGGUCUGGGGGUUUAUUUUAGGAUUUGUUCUUGGGGCUGUUUCUCCUGCGGUUGUGGUUCCAUCCAUGCUGCUUCUGCAAAAAGAGGGUUAUGGAGUAGAGCAGGGUAUUCCUACGCUUCUCAUAGCGGCCUGCAGCUGUGAUGACAUCAUUGCCAUUACCUUCUUUACCACCUGCUUGGGAGUAGCUUUUGCCACAGGCAAUGUGUGGAUAAAUGUACUGAGGGGACCAUUGGAAGUAUUAGGUGGUGCGGUCACUGGUGUGGCCCUAGGGUACUUUCUGCAUUAUUUCCCCAGUAGAGACCAGAAUAACCUGGUGCUGAAGCGUUCCUUUCUGGUGCUGGGGCUGUCUGUAUUUGCUUUGUUUGGCAGUAACGUGGCAGGGAUUCCCGGCGCAGGGGGUCUCUGUACGCUGAUCCUAGCGUUUGUGGCAGGAAUAGGCUGGGGAAAAGAUAAGGCUCCUGUGGUGGAGGUGGUCGAAAGGUUUUGGUGUGUGUCUCAGCCUCUUCUCUUUGGUCUCAUCGGUGCUGAGAUUGUCAUCAGUGCUUUGGAGAUCAGCACUGUGUCUCUGGGUCUGGCAGCCCUGCUCAUCUGUCUCACUGUACGCCUGCUCUUCACUUUUGUUGUGGUUCUGCGUGCCGGCUUCAACUUAAAAGAGAAAGUCUUCAUCGCAUUAGCCUGGAUGCCUAAAGCCACUGUACAGGCUGCGAUAGGCUCUACUGCUCUAGACAUGGCCCGCUCUAAGAAUGAUCUGGAAUUACAGAAGUAUGGUAUGGAUGUACUUACUGUGGCUGUGCUGUCUAUUCUCAUCACUGCUCCUAUCGGAUCGAUACUCAUUGGUCUGCUUGGCCCUAGAGUUUUGCAGAAACCAAAGAACCCUGAAUGGGAUGUCAGUCAAGGUGCUUUAUCGGCAUCAGGGACCCCAGUCACAUAUGAAAGUGCCCUAUGAUGACUUUCGGGCUUAUCUGGAAUGGAAUUUCCAGGACUUUUCCAUAAUAUGAACUGCUAAUAAUAGUUCAAUCCUUUCAUUGGAUUCUCAAUCUCAUAUUUAUAACCUGCUGAGGAGACAGAUCAGAUGACUUUUGAAUUCUACUUUUCUUAAUGGAAACACACAUGGUAACCAGCAAGAUUACAGGUUUAAUCUUAAAAACAUGCAAUUUGGAAGAGGGUGAAACAUUCACAUUUACGUUUAUUGAUUUGGCAUACGCUUUUAUCCAAAGCGACUUACAUUGCAUUGUAUUAUACAUUUUUUUUUGUUUCUGACUGUAUGCAAUCCCUGAAACACAUGCCAUUUUGACAAUAUCAAUGUUUACUUGUUGAUGUGAUAAUAGAAGUAGUUAAAUUAAAUCUGCCUAGGCUGUAUUGAAAUGUCUGGUAGCGUUUAGUGUUGUUUUAAACCCCCAAAAAUUUUAGAUGUUGAACUAGAAUUUGUGCAAAGCCCUGUUACAUAUACAGUGUUUUGUGGCUUUGACUACAGAGGGACUUUUGUCAAAUUUGUUUACAGUGGAAGUAUAUAUCUUCGUUGUCCUUCUGAAACCUCAUCAGUCCAAAUUUGCAUGAAAUUGGAAAAACACUGUACUUUUGAAAUGAUUACAACUGUGUUGUCAAAGGUGACAAGGACUUUUUAAUACAAGGUUUCGAAAGGACAGCAGCGAUGAAGAACAUAAUGAAAUAGAGAAAGUUAAUUAUUAAUAAAAUUAUAUGUUGAUUUUUCUGAUUUUGGGCAUCUUAAGUAAAACAUCUCAAGACUGUCUCAAAACAUUUUUUAAGUGCACACGCGAUACAUUUUCCUCAUAAUUAUUGUUUUCAUAAACUGUGUAUUUAUAUGUGUUAUCAUCAGGGUCAUUUGAAUGUCUGUGUAAAUUGAUCUAUUUUUAUUAUCAUCAUUUAGUGAUAUAAUAAGUACUGUUUGUGUUGUUUUGAAUUUAAAGAAUAUGCUCAUAUAGCACCUUAUGGUUCUUCAGCGGUUCUAUAUAGCACCUCAGUCUUCCCAAAAUCAACUGACUCACUGAAGCACCAAAAUAUGGUUCUAUAUAGCAAUAAAUAGAACCAUAUUUUUAGUGCUUCAGAGAUUCAGGUGAUUUUGGGAUAACUGAGGUGCUAUAUAUAUCCGCUGGAGAACCGCAUUGCGCUAUAUAGCAUCUCGGUCACCCAUAAGAACCUCUGAAGCGCCAAGCACCAAAUAUAUAGCACUAAAUAUAAAGUGGUUUCCCAAUGAUUACGUGCAAAGAAUCACUUUUAGUGCUAUAUAGCACCAUUUUUUCUAAGAGUGUACACACUGUUCUUUUAAAGUAAUUAAAUGACUACUGUAACUCA